AUGGAGAUGAAUCACAAUUUAUAAUCACUCUCUAAUUGUUUAUUGAUUAUUUUUACUUAUAUGGAUUACUUAAAAAUUGCAAUAUGUAAACAUAGUUUGAUCUGCAAAUUAGGGAUUGCAUUUUAUUUAAUUAUAAGAAUAACAUGUACAUUAAUAAUUGAUUUUAAUAUCUAUCAACUAGAAAGCUUGAUGAUAUUAAGUUUAUUAUUCAUAAAAUAUACAAUUGAGCUUUGUAUUUCAUUUAAAAACAAUUUUUAAGAAAAAAAUCCAAAAUAUCAAUUAACAAUAAAAGAAGAAAGAGAUUCUACACCUAUACUUUAAAAUGAAUAGAUAGUUCCUUAAGUAAAAUCAUAAAGUAAAGUAUCUAUAAACUAAUCCCCUUAACAUAACAUGAGCAUAUUUUUAAGAGAUCUUCCUAGUGAGAUGAAAUUGAUACAAUAUUCUAAUUUGACUAAUUGUUAGAAGUUAAAUAAAAGUUUCGAUAAAUCAGACUAGUCAAUGACUUCAUUUUAUUAAAAUUUGCUUAACAUUUUCCCUCAAGGAAUUUUGAUCUUAAAUUCAUCCUAAUAAGUUAGUUACAUGAAUAACAAAUGUGAAAAGUUAUUAGAGUGUUAAGGAACAGAAAAAGUAUUAGAAAAAGUGAAGACUUGUGUGAAUAAUGCAAAAAUGCAAAAUUAAUAAGUAGAGGAUUAGAAUACUUUUUAGGCAAAAUAACAAUAAAAAUAAAUACAUUAUCAAAUUUUAAAAGAAAUAAUUAGUAUUUUAUCCAAAAGAAAUAUAACAGUAGAUGUCUUAGAUAUUAUCAUAUAACCAUAAAAAUAUUCAAACAUGAUAGGAUCAAGUUUUGGAGACAAUUAUUUAAGUUUUAUGUCAUAGGUUUUUAUAUAUGAAUGGUUUGUUAAAUCAGGUUUUAAUAAAAUUACUUCUUAAAAAAAACUUAAACUAAUAAUUAUCCCAACUUCUAUGACUAUUUAAUAGUAAGAAUACUUUCAAUCUUAGUCAUAAAUUUAAAGUUGCAGCAAAGUUAAUUUUUAACCAACAACUGACUUUGAAAAUCCUGUACUUCUCAUUAUAAUUAAAAAUAUAACUCACAAGCAUAAAUUCUAAUAAAUUAGAGAUGAAUAAAUUAUUCAUCAUAGUCUUAUCAAAUCUUUCUCUCAUGAGUUAAGAACCCCUUUAAAUAGUUGUUAGAAUAUGUUGAAUCUUAUUUAGUAAUUCCAAAGUGAAGAUGAGUUUAAGACUUGUCUUGGAAUUGCCUAGAAUUCAAUAAAAUUAUUGAUUCAUCAAAUUAAUGAUAUUUUAGAUUAUGCUGCCAUAUAAUCUUAUUAAUUUUCUUAUCAUAUCACAUAAUUUCCAAUAGAUUUGAUCAUAUAAGAAGUAAAAGAAUUGUAUAAAUGUUAAAUGUUAUUAAAGAAAAUUAAAUUUAAGAUUUUGGUUUCAAAGAAUUUAAAAGAUUUAGUAAUGUGUAAUGAUAAGUAGAGAAUAUUAUAAAUAUUAGUAAAUUUAUUAAAUAAUUCAAUAAAAUUUACUAAAGAAGGAGGCUGUAUUCAUCUAAACAUAACUGAAAAGGAAUAUUAUUGUAUAAACAUAGAAGUUAAGGAUAAUGGGAUAGGAAUUGCUGAAGAAUAAUUAAAUUUGAUUUAAAGUAGUUUAUAUGAUACCAGUGAAUUUGGUGCGAUUUUGAAAUAAAAUGCAGAAAUUAAGAAAAAUGGGUUAGGAUUGAGUAUUGUAGCAAAACUUGUAUAAGGUUUAACUAAGGCCCAAGAUAAUAAAUUAAUUAUUAAUUCUUAAAAAUAUUAAGGAACAGCAGUCUCAUUUCAAGUUGAAAAUUUAUAGAUUAACCAAAAUUCAUUUUAAUAAUCCUCGAACUUAUUUACCUUAUAAACUGGAAAGUUUAAUUAAUCAGAAAUAUUUUAUACUUUCAAUAAGAUAAAAAGUGAUGAUAAAAUAUUAAAUAAUACUUUUUCUUAAAUUUAAGAUGAUAGAGAAAAUUAAGAAUAAAAUUCAGAGACUUAUAAAGCUACUUCCAGAUUGAAUGAUUUUGAAAUAUAAUAAGAAAUCUUACUACCUGUCAGUCAUGAAUAUUUUCCUCAUAAAUUUAUUUCAUCUUGUAAAGAUUUUUAAGAAUUUGAUCUAGAGUCAUCUAAAAUUUAAAAACAAAAAUAAAUGUGUUAAAAAUGUUUUCAUGUUUUAGUUGUAGAUGAUAUACCAUUUAAUUAAAUAGCCUUAAAAAUGAUGCUUAAGCAUUAUAAUAUUGAAGCUGAUUCAGUUUUUGAUGGAUUUCAAGCAAUAGAAAAAGUAAAACAAAAACUGCAGUAGCAUUGUUAAAUCUAUGAAUUAAUUUUUAUGGACAUUGAAAUGCCUGGGAUGGAUGGAUUUCAGGCUAGUAAGCAAGUAAAUUUAUUAUAUCUUAUUUUUAGAUUCUUAAAAUAACAUAAAAUUAAUCUACAAUCGUUAUUUGUUCUGCUUAUGAUACUUAGGAAAAUUAUAUUAAAGGUUCCAAAUUAGGUAUCAAUACAUUUCUUCCAAAACCUGUUAAUCCAAAUGAAUUGAAAGUAGUAUUAGAAAAUUUAUUUCAAUUCUAAGGAUAUAAUAAAUGA